GUAUUUUUUACUAUCAUUCCUUUUACAAACUUCGAAAUAACGGAUGUAAACAGCUGGAGUUUUGCGCACGCGGACAUGAAGCACGAUACAAGCACAGUGUGCAAGAUAUACUUUGGAUAAACAAUAGUUGCAGGCUUCACAAACAAACUUCAAAUUCCGGCAAACACUCAGCAAAAGGGCGGAUUCUUCCUUUGGCUGAUGUGUGCUUGACAGAAUGUAAACAAACUGCACCCCGGUUCAUGUGUUCCUGCACGGUUAUCACGAUCACGGCUCCGAAGCGAAAAAGUCCCCCCUCGAAACAUGUGUGCUGCUGCAAAUAUUGAAGUCUCCAUCAAGAUUCCCUUUCCCACGAAGCGCGAGGCGGAAAUCGCGUACGAUGUGCUGCGGGUAGACAGCGAGCCGAAGCGUAGUUUCGUCCACAAAACGAUCACCCUGGAGGAGAACCAUCUGCUGCUGCGGCUGGGCGGCGAGCAGGCGAAAAACGUGCGCGUCGGCGUCACCUCCUUCUGCGAGCUGCUGCUCCUGUGCUGCGAAACGCUCGACCAGUUCGGUCCGCCCAAGUCGGACCGGUACGAACAUUACUAGAGACCGGACCAUGCCAGAACACACGCCCGCACCGACGCCGGGCCGGGCAAUCUACGGCUUUGCGCUCUAUCUGCUCUUCCAGACGCUCUUCCUGCUGUACGUGCUGUGGGCGUUCGUGCCGACCGCCUGGUUCGACCGGCUUGGGCUGACCUACCUGCCGGACAAAUACUUUGCGCUCUUCGUGCCGAUCCUUGCCCUGGUCGCCGUGACGCUGUUUGCGUUUCUCGUCUACCCUUCGCUCGGGCUCGCCAUGAUGCCGGACGUGGACGAACGGACGACCGUAGCGGACGGCAACAGUAUCGUGCGCUGCGAGUUCCGCUUUCCGGACGGGUUGUGCUGCCAGCAGCGGGUGGAAACACCGCUCGAGCUGGGGUGGAACGUGAGGCGGCACUGCGCGAAGCACAGCACGCGGCAGGGAGCGGUGGAAACGCAGCGCACGGUGCGUGUGGCCAACUUUUGCGACUGCCCGUACGAGGGUCAGUGUUUGCUGCGGAAAGAUCCGGAGUACUUGCCGACGCUGCGAAGCAAAGAUCCGAUACCGGCGGUUAGUGACCUCAGCCUGUCCCAGGUCAGUCGAACGUUGUACCAUCGAAGAGGUAGAUGAUAAGAGCAGAUAGAAGCGCGUUUUUUCUUCUGAAUUUAUAUAAAAUGUAAAAUAUGUGUGUACAUGUGUUCACUUUAAACUAAA